CUAAGUUUCAAACCAAUUUAGUCGUCACACAAUUUACAGUUUGGUAGCCUGAUAAUCAGCUGUUUGUUUGUAAUUUGUUUAACAUAAAAAUAUUAAAUGCGCUGCGCUGUGAAAAAUUGCGGUAAUAAUAAUCGCCUUUCCAAUAGAACGAAAUGGCGAUACUUUCACUUCCCCAAAGAACAGCCAAACCUCCAAAGGUGGAUAGAUUUUUGCCAGCGAGAUAAUAUAAACCCCAACACAGCCUGCAUUUGCAAUGAGCACUUUGCACCCGUUGACUUUGAACGAAAUAUGCAGUACGAACUGGGCUUUAGCCGCAAAAAUCCAACAAAACUAAAGCCUGGCUCAUUUCCGAGUGUGAAUGGACCUCAAAAGUUGGCGAAGGAACUGCGAGGAAGUAUCAAAAGGGGCUCCAAAAAUGUUUCCUUAGCUGGGUCUACGAAAAUGCCCAACAUAGGCUUUGAUCUACUCCAGGAAGGAACGCAAUCCUCGGAAGGCCACGAAACCAUAGAAAUCGAACUCUGUGAUUUUAAUACAGAUUUUGAGGGCUUCGAAGGAACCGAAAAUGACGACUGUCUUUCAAGUCCCAGGCUCGUGGAAGUAGAAAUAUUGGAUCCUCUUAAUCCGCAGUCAAAUGCCAAGGAUCAUGUAGAGAUAAUCGAUUCGGAAGGGGACAAUUAUGUAAAGCACUUGGAGCUCGAAAUAUGCUCCUUGAAACGUGAGGUAUUUUUCCUCAAAGACGAAUACCAGAAGAUAAAGGCUGAAAUGCGUAAUCUCAAGGACACAAUUAAAAGAUCAGAGGAACAACUCGCAGAAAAACAACUCCAAGGUAUUGUUAAAAGUAGAAAGAGGAAACCCCAGUUUUGAAAAAGACCAGAUAUCAACGAAAACAUAAACGACUGACCAGUUAUUAAAAGCUGAUAUGAAGCGUAAUUAGAUAUACAUAAAUGUAGAGCAAAAUAUUAAUAUACUAUGUAUGCUUUAUCGAAUCUGUAUUUGAAACCAACAGAAUUAAAAAUUAUGAAUACAACAGAAAAAUGUGUAUGUUUUCAUAUUCGCUAAAAAUUUGUAUUUAAUCUGGUGGAUUAGGAAAGCCUUUUACUUAACAUAUGGAAUGCAGACGUCACGUCUUGGGCGAAAUCCUUAAACAUUUUUGUCUACCUACUUACCCAUACCUUUUUCCUUUCUCUCUAUCGACUUGAGCACUUUCCACAAAAUCAGCGGGUAUUCAAAAAUGUUUUGAAGGUGUUCGCGCUUAUCUUUCCUAGAAAUUUUUGGGUAAUCGCGGUAAUUUUUUGCCAAGGUCGAAGUCAUUACAGCAGGCAAAGGACUCUUAUCCAGCUGAAUUCCCAAUUUGUCUACCUGUAGGAGUAUAUAAAGCAGUGGUCGAUUUGGAAUCGACCUGCACUGCAAGCGAUGUUCUCCGACCGACAACAUCCACCGCGGACCGACGUCAGCUCCUGGCGGAGCUUCACGUAUCCGGCGCUGGAUCUCUGAAAAACCAAAGGACGAGAGCGACGUGGAACACCACACAUCCUGGGAGCAACUCUAAGGAUCCAAUCUUAAAGACCAUGCAGUGUCAGCAAAUUAGCCGAAUUUAGACAAUUGUAAAUUCUAGUUAAUUGUAUAGACCAAUUGUACAUUUUAGUUAAUGUCCCAUUUCGAUUGUAUAUAUACAUCAUCAACACAAUUGUAUAUACCUAGUUAUACCUAGUUAGUUAGCCAAUUUAGUCUAAGUAGUGCAAUUGUACAUAUCAACCUUAGCCAAUUGUUAGCCAAUUCAAUAGACCAAA